UGCUAAACUAAAAUAUUAUUUUCUGUGUUAUACAAACAAAACUGCGAAGCGAUAUAUAACGAUGGUGUUAGUAAAAUUAUCGUACAUUCUCCCUAGGAAUUUCUGAGAAACAUCAGAUAUGGGAGCCUAUCCAGUGCUUUUGUUAGCUUCAGUGCUCUUUGUUGGAUCCAAUGCACAAUGCUGCAACAAAAAUUUGAUCCCUGAUUUGAGCUUCAAAGUGAGCGGAUCUCUCAUGACCUUCCCCUGUGACAGCACCAAAAACAUUUACAUUAAUGCUGGAAGAUAUGUACCACAAAACGUAAUUGCCACUAGAAUGCAGAUUUACAAAGAAAACGCCAUCGUAGCUUUACCAAGAUACAAGCACGGUGUACCUUUCACUCUAGCUAGAUUCUCAUUGAAAAACAAGGGAUGCAAAGCUCCCCUAGAGCCAUUCCCAUGUUGGUCCCUUCAAGAAGAAGGUAACUGCGAAGCCAUGCAGAAUGUUGUUGAUAUUGUUGCCGACGGUAAUGAUAUUCUCUGGGUUUUGGAUAUUGGUAUUACCAACACUUUGGAGCAACCCGUCAGAAGAUGUGCACCAAAACUGUUCGCCAUCAAAUUGGACAGCGGUAAUGUGGUAAACAUCCUCGACUUGACUCCAUUCGCUUCCGCUGAAAGCCGUCUCCAGACUUUGGCUAUCGAUUAUGCCCCCGACGGUCGUGCUUUUGCUUACAUCAGCGAUGCUGGUACCGGAUCCAUCAUUGUAUACGAUAUCGUCGCCAAAUCUGGAUACAAAGUAGUUCUCCCAGAAUCAAUCUUGGGCAACACACCAGUCAAGGAUGUCUUGUACAUGGCUUUGACCAGACAACCUUGCGGAAACGUACUUUACUUCACCUACCUAUCAUCACCAAGACUUUACUCCAUUAAGUCGUCCCUUUUACAAACUGGAAAAGCCAGCGGAUCUAUUGUAGAUUUAGGCCUUAAACCACAAGGUCAACCAAUCGUAUUACUCGGAACAGAUAAUGGAGCAGCUCUAUUUUUCCGUUACAAGGGUGAAUCCGAUAUCUACAUCUGGAACUCUGCUACCCCAUUCAAAUGUGAAAACUUCCUGUUGGUACAAAAUGGUGGUGAAUGCCGUCUGCCGACCCAGGUUGUUCCAGGUUACAAACAGCUCAUGUGGGCUAUUGAAAGUAACUUCCACGAUUUCAUUGUGGGAACAGACGGUUGUAUGGGACCUUCUGUGGCUGUACAUCCUCUUAUCAAAACCGAAUAAGAGUUUAAGCGAGAGUGUGAAGUGUUAGCAUUAUAAUUGAAAAGUCUGUGAUCUAUUUAUGCCACGUUUUUGUACAUAAAUAAUAUAAAAUUUUAUUAUUUACA